AUGCCAGAGCCAACUUCAAAGGGGAUUACCAUCUCCAAAAAGGGCUUCAAGAAAGCUGUCACGAAAACUGCGAAGAAGGAGGACAAAAAGCGCAAGAAAUGCCGCAAAGAGAGCUAUUCUACUUAUAUCUACAAGGUGCUGAAGCAGGUCCACCCAGACACCGGCAUUUCUUCCAAGGCCAUGGGCAUCAUGAAUUCUUUUGUUAGUGACAUUUUUGAGCGUCUUGCAGCUGAGGCAUCCCGCCUGGCUCAUUACAACAGGCGUUCAACCAUCACCUCCAGGGAGAUCCAGACAGCAGUUCGCCUGCUGCUGCCAGGGGAACUGGCCAAGCAUGCUGUGUCUGAAGGUACCAAGGCCGUCACCAAGUAUACCAGCUCCAAGUAA